AUGGAACAUUUCUCUGUAAAUACAUUUGCUUUAUGCUGAAAGUAAAGUAAGGUAUGUCUGCACAUUCAAAACGACGUCUUGGCGGAGUUUCACCUUGUGUUUCUAGUACAAAACAGUAUUUGUACAGUGGCUGACGUAAACUGCGCCGUCAUCAGAUCGACUGCUUGUGAGUCAGUCUCCUAUACACCAUGGCUAACAACGAACGAACUGUAAUUAUAGGGAUGGAUGGAAGUACACAAGCUGUAAAUGCAUUUAAGUGGUUUUGUAAAUCUAUGAAGAGGGAAAAUGAUAAAGUGGUGAUGGUUUACUCUGUAGAAAUUAGUGACGCAAUGAAAUCAAAACAGUGGUUUCAAGUAUCAACCUCUGAAGCAGAUAUGAAAGCAGCUAUUGAUAAAAACAUGGAAAUAGUCAAAGGAAAGUUGAACGAAUUCGCCAAACUUAUGGAAAGUGAACAUGCCACUGGCACCGUUAGAAGUGCACAAUCAUCAGUUCCCGGGGAGGGAAUAGUGAAGACCGCCAGAGAGCUCAACGCCAGUAUGAUCAUCAUGGGCAGUAGAGGAUUAGGGACGAUCAGGAGGACGAUUCUGGGCAGUGUCAGUGACUAUGUCGUCCAUCACUCACAUGUACCUGUCAUAGUGUGUCCGCCAUCUUGAUAUUCUACUGUAUCGCUAUAUACAUGUACAUGUACAUAGUGGAUACAUAAUGUGACUACAUGUAACGAAAUACGAUCAUCAUAUUUCUCAAAUUUUAGCUGCAGAACUGUAAUGGAGAUACCAGUGAGCUGCUGAUCCAUCCCUUUUAAAAACCUUCGAUUUUAUAACAGGGUGGGUCUGUAGCUCUCGAAUAUCCAACUUUUCUUCUAGAGAGCUUCAAUGUUGCAGCUAUUCAGAAUUAUAUCACGCACAUUUAUUGAUGUCAUUGUGACAACUGUGUUAAGUAUAUCUUGGACUUUCAGUAGUGGUAGGCAUGUACAUAUUAUUGUGCAUGCAUCAAUGGAUUUUCUGCAAAUGAAAUCAUGAUAGUUUUAAAUCGCAAUAUUUUUAACAAAUGAAUGAAAAAUAGAUAGGGAAUCUACAUGUAGCUAUCUACAUGUAUUAAAAUAUAUUCUAAGGCUAUUUCACAUAAACAGUUGCAAAAUCACUUUAAAUUGUACACGUAAUACAUGAGCAAUGCAAUAUAUAUAUAUAUAUAUAUAUAUAUAUAGAGUUAGGCAUGCCAACAAAAAUUUAAGCUUUUAAUACAUGUAAGCCAGCUGAUACGGAGAUUUCCCGGAAACGGAAUAUUUUAGAUUUACGCAUUGCAAAACGUAUUGUUGUUGCUUAAUAUAAAAAAAUGCUGACAUUGGAAGUGAAGGUUUGUUGUGUCAGGGAUAUUCUCCAAUGUUAUUCAGACUACGGGUAAUUACGUAGGACACGAAAUAAAAAGUGUAAAACAU